AUGGGAAAGGAGGGGAAGAAGUCGAAGGAGAAGGACAGGGAGAAGAUCUCGAAGAAGAAGGCCGCCGACGGCGAUAAAGAGCACGGAAAGAAGGCGAAAAGAGAAAAGGAUGGCCACAAACGCGUGACCGGAUCGCUCGACGGGGAAAAUCGCCCGAACAACGCCGUGCGCCCUCCCAAAAAGCAGAAGAACGGCAAAGAGGUUGUGACGGUUCACGAGGGGGCUAACGGCAUCGUCGCCGCGGAGAGGAAAGCCAAAAAUGAAGCCUGGAACCCGAAGAUUGAGGGCCAGAAGUUCGGAGAGUGGAGUAAGGAUGAGAAGGAGGAGCUCGAUGCCCGCAUCAAGGAGUGGGCGAUGGCGCACGGGAAGAUAGACGACUACAACAACAAGAAGUUCGAUUUCCUCAUGCAGAGGCGGCAGAAACAGGGCGGCCGGGGCGCAAAGCUCCCGGACAGCGAGAGGAAGGCUUUCCUCGAAAUCGCCACCGGAUUUCCCACGCGGAACCCGAAGCAGAUUUACGGGUACGUGUCGAGGCACUACGACUCGGACAACUACAAGGGGAAGUGGAGCGACGAGGAGAAGAAGAAGCUGACCGAUCUCGUGGCGGAGUAUGGAGAGAAGUGGAAGGAGGUGGGCAAGAACCUUGGCCGCCCGGGGCAUGCGUGCAGGGACAAGUGGAGGAUGAUGAGAAACAAUCCAAAGAGCGGAGACUGGUCCCCGGCCGAGGUGGCGCACCUCAGGGAACUGGUCAACGAGUACUUUGCCCAGAACAACGCCGCGCCCGGUCGAGGCGCGGGCGAGGGCAACGAGCACCUGCCGCUGCGCGACAACAUCAACUGGAAGGCCAUAUCGAGCAAGAUUGGAACCCGAAGCGAAAACAUGUGCAUGCAAAAGUGGUACCGCAUCGCCCCGAGCCCGGAGGAGACUGGGCAGUGGGCGAAAGGUGACGACAAGACCAUGCUCGAGGGCAUCCUCAAGUCUGAUGCGGACGACGAGCACAAGGUUGCGUGGGAAGGGCUGGUCCCCGGUCGAACCCUCGGCCAGAUCAAGAACCGAUUCAGGGCUGCGAAAAAGGAUAUCCCCGACCACAGCAACAUGAGCUUCGACGUCCUGCUCGCGAAAAUGAUCGAAAAGUACGCACCGGAGAUCUCAAACGCUGGCGCGCUCCCAGCUCCGUGA